GUGAUGAUGAUGAGUAGAAAUUAACCCGGUUAUGUUCUUCCGCAUUGAGUGUUUUUACCCCAAUGUGAAUUAGUGUUAAUAUUGCCAAUCUGGGACAUACCAAGUAAUAUGGCUGUUAUGCGCGCUCAAUCCGUUUAGCAUUGAGGAGCUUCGUGAGAAGUACGAAAGUCCACCAAAAGCCGAUGGAGUGACGAUGAUAAGGUGGUCGCUCCCUGUUCGGUGGUGAACUCGUUACUACCGCUUCUUUAGUCAUCGGCUUCCGCAAUUUAUCUCCGUUAUUUCCAGGUCUCCCCACGACAGCCUCGUACAAACGUACAUCCAUCCCAUGUUAUAAGCAACACACGCCCGAGACAUUGCCAUCUCCAUCACUUCUGUUGCAAUCGCGCUAUGCGUACUGCUCUCACAAGAUUGUCACAUCUUCGUUCUCAAAUUCCCCUCCCAAAGUCACCCCGAUCCUUCCAUACGUCAUCAGCUAUCAUGGCAGGUCUUACCAUCAACUCGCAAUAUGCCAUGCCAUCAGGGUACAAAAUCCCCGUUCUUGGAUAUGGUGUAUACCAAACACCAGCAGACGUUGCGUCUGAAGUAGUUCAGCAUGCAAUCAAGGUCGGCUAUCGCCACGUGGACUCCGCGGUAGCCUACCGGAAUGAGCAACCAUCCGCGGAAGGGAUGAAGAAGUCAGGAAUACCGAGAGAGGAGCUAUUUUUUACAACGAAGAUACCCCCAAAAGACAUGAGCUACGAAAACUCGAAACAACACAUCGACAAUACACUCAAUAUCACCGGUUUUGAUUACGUGGAUCUCUACCUCCUACAUAGUCCCUACGGCGGCAAAGAGAACCGACUCGGGGCCUGGAAAGCGCUCGUUGAGGGUGUGCAAGACGGUAAGAUUCGAUCAAUCGGUGUAUCGAACUACGGUGUGCACCAUCUGGACGAACUGGAAGCGUGGAUCAAAGAGACUGAAGCCAGAGAGGGCAAGGGUAAGGGUGGAGUUAUCAGCAUCAAUCAGAUCGAGCUUCACCCCUGGCUUGCGCGUCCAGACAUCGUCAACUGGUGCAAGCAACGGGGUGUGCUGUGUGAAGCAUACUGUCCGCUCGUUCGUGCGACGAGGAAUGAAGACCCUCUACUGAAACCGCUUGCGGAGAAAUAUAAAAAGACGCCGUCACAAGUACUGUUGAGAUGGAGUUUACAAAUGGGAUUCGUACCACUGCCCAAAUCGGUUACCAAGUCCCGUAUCGAGGAGAAUGCUCAGAUCUAUGACUUCGAACUAUCAGCUGAGGACAUGAAGAGUUUAGAUACUGGGGUUUAUGAAGUCUGUGCAUGGGACCCCACAGUCAGCCGUGAUUAAGGUCAUGAAAGCAUGAAAGCAUAUAACGAUGGAUUCCAACCAACAACUGAUACUAAGGAAUCAAAUUGGGGCUAGUUUAAGGGCCAUACCCUAAUAUAUCGGUCAUAUGAGUCUCUGUUUUGGUUACACAGAAGUAAAGACUGAUUCAUCCCAAAAGAAUGACUCUUGCGAAACAUCAUCACUCUCCUGUUCUACCAUACACCAUUCUUCCAUAUUAAGAUCCGUCUUCGCUUUACAUACCACCUUAACUCUCGAGGUCUCCCCGUCCCAUUCUGUCGACCAAUUACCCUCCCAGAACGUAGCUUCUUCUAAUUCGUCCCCCUGCU